UGAAUUUUGUAUCUCACUAUAGGGACAUUUCCGUUGGUUUGACCACACCUCGCGUUCGUGCCCAUCGUGCUGCCCAGCAAACAAAAACUCCCGAUACUCAUAAGCCCUGGCGUCCCUGGAAAAAGAAGUCAGACGAUAAAAGUUUAUCGGAAAAGUUAUUGAUACCUUUGCCGGUACCACAUCCUGUACAUAUAGCGAUUAAUAUCUACAAUCGUGAUGCUGAACAUCCCAUACCCUUAGACUCGGAACUAGUAUGGGAAAUAUUAAAAUCCAUAGAGGAUUGCCAAAGUGGUGAUGCAAUGGCUGUAGCUCAAACAGUUUCACGUUAUCGUGGAGCUGUCACAGAAUCCAGUAAUGAUUCGCUGGCAUCCAGCAGUAGUUUGGGUAGUACAAGAGAAUCUGGUGGUUCAGCCACUGGUUCGGGUUCUGGUAUUGCCAAUGGCAACAACACCGAAACAUUGCCUUGUGUGAAUCGAGAGGUUUGCACUCAAGUUAAAGUGGCCGAAGAACAACCACCCAGUUCUGGUUUCCAUUGGACCCUAAGUAAUUGGGGUGCCGCACAAACUGCCCGCAGGCGUACCAAUUCCAAUGUACGUGUAGAUUUAGCCAGUCCUGAGGAUAUUUCCUUAGAUACAGACAGUUCAAGAGCUGUUUUUAAUCCCUAUGGAACAACUGUCUAAGACAUUCGCCAUCAUAAUGCUCUCAUUCAUACAUACAAACACACACACACACACAAACACUCUACACUCUUUGAGAAAACAAUGUUAUACAAUGGUAAAUUGCUUUUUUAUUAACUUUUUAUUAGAUAAAACAAAACAAAGUGAAAAAAUUAUUUUAUAAGAACCUAUAAACAACUAACACUUUUUAUGUGUUAAAAAACAAAUUAAACAAAAAGAAGAAAACAUCAUUAUUAUGAAAAGUUAUAAUUAAAAUUAUAACAAAUUAAGUCAUUAACUCGAACAAUUCUAAAGAAAUCGUAAAACAAAAUCAAGAAAUCAAACUACUUUAAUCUAUAUUCUCAUAUACAUACUAUAUACAUACACACCCAUAAAAGUAUCUAGAUAGUUAGUAUAUCUAGACUAUAUAUUUCCAUUUAUAAAUUUACAUACAAAAAACAUAGAUAUUUUACUAAAAAGAAAUAUAUAUCCAUACAAAAUUACAUCUACCUAUACCUAUAUACAUAACAUACAUGUAUUGUACUAAUCUGUAUUCCUUAUUUAGUUAUCUAUAUUUGCCUUUUUCUAAAUAUUAACCCUUUUCAAUCUCAUAAUGUACACAAAAAGAAAAAUAUCCAUAUUGAUAUUUUUUCUUCUACUUAGGCCUUUCAUUUUCUUUUAAGAAAACUUUAGUUCCCAUUUUUUUAAAUUAAUUUACAAUAUUUUAAUCUAGUCGUUUAUAUACAAAUUAUAUUAAAAAAAAGAACUCAAAAGUUUUCUUUUUUUAGCUAAAACGAAACGAGUAUUUCUUUAACACAUAGUGGCGGUAUUUUAAAAGAACAAAUUACUUUAAAUUUUCAAGGUAUCAAAAGGUGGUGGAACUGAUUUAUAUUUCGAAAGACUUGUUAAUAGAAAUUCUUCCGACUUGUUAAUAGAAAUUCUUCUUUCUACGUAUGUUAAAAUACUUUUCAGUGUUACUUCUCUUAUAGUUCAGU